GAUCCGAAGGCUCCGAGUCCGAAGGGGCCUCUGGUUGCGAGAGUUAUCAGGGUUAUCUCGGUAGCCGCGCUAGCUGUCGGUGGGUACGGCUUAUCGGCUGAAUGUCUUUGCUCACAGCGACUUGUUCUCAACGGCGGUAAUGGACCCGAUCCGUGUAGCAACGGUGGGCGUUCAAGCCGACACACUUGAUAGCCCCAUUUUAGAUGAGGAGAUCUCUGUGGGACCUGUAUCGCCAUGCCAUGGUUCACUUGUAAUGGAUGGAUGUGAAACAGCAUACCUCACCGAUAACAGCAUCGAAGAGGAGGUGGUUGUGGUGGCUGAUAAUGCCAGUGACUCACUAUCAGCAAUUGAGAGCCUAGACUCACCGGGCAGCAGCAGCCAUGAGAUGGCCCCGUCCUAUUUCUUGGCUUCGUGUGGUGAUGAAGAAAAGCUCACUUUUUCCCACCAGCCCACACUCUUUCUGGCAGCUCAGGGUGAAAACAGCAUCCUGCCAUUGGAGCCAGGUGUCCCUCUCAUCAACUUUAAUGAGACUUUGUCCCAGCCUACCACCACGUCCUCUUCGUCUGAUGUCAACCAGAAUUGGUUCACUACUAAGGAGGACAAGACUAAUUUGCAUAUCAAAGGCCACUCUUGGAAACAGGGCAUGUUCUCCAAGGAAGAGACAGAAAUUCUGCAAAGUAAUAUACAGAAGUACUGUGAGGAGCGUGGGAUCAGCAACCCAGCCACGGUGAUCUUCUCGAUGACCAAGGAGGAGCGCAAGGACUUCUACCGCACUGUGGCCAAAGGCUUGAAUCGACCCCUGUUCUCUGUGUACCGUCGUGUCAUCCGCAUGUACGACAACAAGAACCACAUUGGCAAAUACAGCUCUGAAGAACUGGACCAGCUCAAGGUGCUACGAGCAGCCCAUGGAAAUGACUGGAGAGUUAUUGGAAAUGCACUGGGUCGGAGUGCAGCAUCUAUAAAAGAUAGGUGCCGGCUCAUGAAAGAGAACUGCCGUCAAGGGGUGUGGGUGCCUGCCGAAGAACGGCGACUGGCGGAGGCUGUGUACGACCUCAGUGGGGCACUGCCUGGGGAGAUGGUGAGCGGUGGCCUGUCAUGGACGGCUGUGGCAGAGCGUGUGGGCAGCCGUUCAGAAAAGCAGUGUCGCACCAAGUGGCUCAACUACCUCAACUGGAAGGAGGCUGGGGGCACUCAUUGGACCCGCCAGGACGACCUCACCCUCAUCAGCACGGUGCAUGCACUGCAAGUUUCUGAGGAGAGCAUGAUCGACUGGGUGGAGUUUGCAAAGGACUGGACCAGUGUUCGGUCGCCACAGUGGCUACGUGGAAAAUGGUGGAGCUUGAAGAGGACCGUUCCAAAUGCUGGCAAACUAGCAUUUCGAGAGAUCUGCAGUUACUUGUAUGAAAACUAUGGCCCAAGGAUGGAGCUGAAGGAUGAAGGGGCAACCAGUUCACGAGUGGCACUUGAUGGGGUCACACAGCAGCAGUCAAAGAUUGUUGUCCCUGGUGCACCUCUCAGGAUCCUUAAAGCUGCUCCUCCACCACACACUCCUGGGAUUACUGCUCUUCCCAUUGCUGUUGCUCCUGGUCUUGCUGGAGGAACCUUGCAGUCAGCUGCUCCUAUAACCCUGACAGCAACAGCAGAUGGCAUCUUAGAAGUCAUUCCACAAAAUUUCCAGCUUCCAUCAGCCCCUCCACAGGCCAUUCUGCUCACCACUCCAGGCCAAAGCAGCAUUCCCAUUUCCACUUUACCUCAGGGGCAGAUCAUCAUACAGACCCUGCCCACGGAGCCCCUUCAGGCUGCCGAAAGCCUCCUUGUGCAGAUGCACUUGCCACCGGCUGUUUCUCCUGCUGAGCUUGUUGUCAACAGUGAUACAAGCCUUCCGCCUACAGAGCCAUCAUCUCCUCAACCUGACACUGGCUCCCUGGACACGUCAGACAUAGAUAGUUCAAGCUCAUAUGCUAUGUGUUGCAUUGAUGGUGAGGAAUUCCAAGUGCAGGAGAUCCACGGCACUUCUCUUGAUGAGGUGGAUGAUCCAUCUCUUGUGGCUAGUCAAAUGAGUGAACAUAGGGCAGAAAGUGUUAUAUUAUCAGAUCCCAUGCUAGCUGGAAGCCCUGGGUUAUUGGGAUCUUCGUCAGACAUUGACAGUGAUAAAUCCCACGUUGUGGAUGGUCUUGAUGGUGUGCCUGAAGAUACUUGAGGCAUUUCCUUGCUCUAUUACUCACAGCCACGGUGUUAAAAAAGCCUUUCUCACACCGUGCUCACAACCUUAUUUAUGAAUAGCACUGGUAAAUAAAAUGAUGCUUUUAAAGAAAGUGA